UCUGUUUGUCAGACUCGCAAUCCGAGGGAGAGGAGCGAGCCGCCAUUUUCCGAGCUCGUUGCUUCCCCCUCGAACGACAACAAUAAAAAAACGGACGAAAACGGGGUUUUAACAGCCGAAAUCUUAAACGAAGACCUUUAGGAGAAGGAGAGAAGGGAUUGCGCUCAAAGAACGACCGGAAAAGGGAUACAUUUCUCUGUUUUUACGUGGCUUUUGUCGGGGGCGAUUGAAAAACAGCCGACUGGGCUCCUAUAGCUCGACUGCCCCCGUUUCUUUCGCCCAUUUCGUGAUUCCUAAACGCAGCCUGGAGGAGUGGGAGGAGGAAGAGGAGGGGGGUUACCGAACACCGGAGCGCGCGAGAGGCCGGGGAUUUUUCCACCUGAACGUGCAACAGUGGAAUCUGCAUCUGGAUAAUUGCUUCUGCCUGUCAAUUAUUACUACUAUAUUUUUUUUAAGCGUGGGGAUUUAUUACAUCAAUUUCCCCCGGAAUCGGCUCCUCAUCACGUGGCUGCCCCCUGGAACAGUGGUGGGUGGGUGGUGUGGAGCUGGCCUCGGCACCGGGAGAGGCCCCCUCGCCCGCCCCCUCCCAGCGCUGCAUGGCUGCAAUGGCGCCCGCUUUAACCGACGCGCCGGCCGAAACUCACCGCAUACGCUUCAAACUGGCUCCGCCCUCCUCCACCCUCUCCCCGAGUGGCGUGGAGGAAAGUGGUACCACCAACCAUAUCCUCGUGUCCAGUAACGGCGUAGUCAAGCGCAAGGCCUCGGAGGAGCGCCCCUCUCGCGGGGCCGGCCCCUGCAAGCCCCUCGUUACCUCAUAUCACUGUUCAGAUGUGACCUCUGUGUCCUCAGCAAAAGAGUCUCUCAAGCUGCAAGGUGUUCUACUAAAGACGCACAGCAUCCUGCCAAACCUCAUACCACGGAAGCACCAGGCCUUAGAGCUCUCUGAAGAGCAGCUAAAGAGCAUCAUGAGUGCCGGUGGAGGAGGUGGGCCAUGUGGGCCGCCCACCGUCCAAGGCACCACUGUCAAUGGCGUGACAAAGAAAGUGACUAAACCGACUGAAAGAGACAAUGCAGUGACCUUUAAUGGUGGUCAACAUACUGUCGAGCAGGAUUUGUCAAAUCCGACUCAAAUUGUCAUUGCUACCAGGGGAUUGACAACGAAUGGUCCUCUUCGAGACGGUGCGGAGCAGCACCAGCUGUCAACGGGUGAGUCCCAGAAUUGUCCCAGCAAUGGAGCACCUCCAUUAACAUCCCCAACCUCCAUUACACAUCUCACAGUGGACAAAAUCUCAGACUGUAUCCCGCUAAGCAGUGAAGAUCCGUUGGCGCUCUCGCUCGCUACCCAGCAAGACCCCUUAGGUGACCUUGGAGUGGAGCUAAGCGAUCGUACCCAGCACAGCCAGAGCAGACAAGGGGAGAUUGAGGCACGGCUACGGCGACUACGCAAACGGCUGCAGGUGGUGCAGGCCAAGCAGGUGGAGCGCCACGUGCAGCAACAGUUGGGUGGACUACUCAAGAGCACGCUGGGUGCUCUGGAUGCCAGACGGCCAAGAGGCCGUUAUGGUGACGACGCCCUCACCCCUCAGGAGAGGGACGGACUGGGACGUUUCCUGAAGGGUGGAUCUAUGCCGGCCGAAUUAGAACGACUGUCCCUGAGUUGUACCACCAACCUGCAAUCUUCCGAAUGUGCUUUCGAUUCCGAUGCCACGGAAAGCAGCUCAGGAGGAGAAACUGAUGUGGAGGAAGAUGAAUUGGCUCGGGUCGACAUUGAGCAACGCCACAUUCCUCUAUGUAGGAGAGCAGAAGGCCGUUAUGCUGUGGACAGAGCUGCAAUCAUCAGUCACUGGAACUGGCUACAGGCCCAAGUCUCAGACCUGGAGUACCGUAUACGUCAACAGACCGACAUUUACAGACAAAUACGCUCCAGCAAGGGCUCUGUUGUACUUGGGGUGAGCUCAGUGUGUGAGUCAGCACCAGAGGACAGCAGUGACUCAAGGACAGAGAACAUUACCUGCCCUGUCGCACGGGAGCAUGAUACUGUUGGAGUGGAAGUGUCUGUAUCAUCCAAUGGCAUCGUCACAGAAACUGGCUUGAAGAAAAGCUGUGGACCUGUGAGACAGGUCAAUGGUGUUAUCAACAGCUUACGACCCGGUUCCCCUGUCACCUCAAGCCCAGACGAGCAGAGCUGCUCUGAGUCUCAGCAGAAGUUGGAGCUGGGCCCUCUGGCUUCCUCUGUGCAUGACAACACAUGUGUGUCGUCCCGCACGCGGCCACUGCUCUCAUGCAGGAAACGCAGGGUCCUCCGGCCCGGUUCGCUCACCAGUCUCAAUCGUAAGAGGUCAGUGGCUCCUCGCUGUGGCUGUGAGCUGAACACUCAGUGUGUGAUGUGCAGUGGAUGUGCUCUCCCUCCUGCAGACACCCAGCAUCAGCUCCCCCUACUGGACAGACUGGCACAGUUCGACCCCUGCAUUCACCCCAUCCUCUCCUUUCCAGAUGAUGUGAUGAUGAAUCUCCAUAUGCAGCGUGUGCUGAAGGGACACUGGCAGAAUCGUCCUCUGGAGAAGAUCAAGCCCAUCAAGAAGAUCUCGCUCAAGCACAAGUUGUGUUUGGGUAGCCGCAUCUCAGACCCUUCCUCCAAAGACAAGCACAGGCUCGCCAACUCUCUGCUCUCCUCCACAGUCCGUUUGUCGCAUCAUAAGGUCCGCUCAGAGAAGGUGUCCCGGCAGCAGUUAGACAUCCCGAUGAGUGCCAGUAAACUUGACUCUCGCCAGCAUUUCCGGCAGAGCAGUUCUUUUGACAGGAGCCACAGCCGCAAGAGACCUCGUGAGCCCUCGCUGGACCGCACAGAAAAUGCUAAUAAGUUAUAUAUGGAUAUGGGGAGUCCAUGCCCAUCUCUGUCCGCUUUCAACACACCCACCAACAGCCCCUUGAUGAGACAGCCAUCGAUCUCCGAGACCUCCACACCCCUCCACCUCAACAGCAGCGCCUCUACUAUUCGAAGACGGAGAGGAGAGAGCCCUUUUGACAUCAAUAACAUCGUCAUCCCCAUGUCUGUGGCCGCCACCACCCGAGUGGAGAAACUACAGUAUAAAGAGAUCCUUACCCCAAGUUGGCGAGAAGUGGACGUUUUUGCAAAACCAAUAGCUGAAGAGGACGAUGCAAUGGAGGUUGAGGAUCUCUCUGACGUAACAUUCUCUGAGCUUCAUCUUCCGUAUCAGGAUCAGGAGCGCUCUCGCUGGAGUUGGACCGCCAGCAACGUCGCAAUGAGAAGAGGCAGCAGGUCGUACAAGUCUGUGGACGGACGGACAACCCCCUUGCUGUGCGGCACCAACCCCUCCACGCCGCAGCCCUCAUCUCCAGACACGGCGCCUUUCCACCUGCUGCACGAGUACAGCUCAGUGGCGUCUCCCUCCAGCCCCGUCAGCCCGGAGAUGCUGAUGCUGUCCGGCCUGUACACGCCUGGCUCCAGAGACUCCCACCGGAUGCUGUCCAAUGAGGACACGCGCUGCUCCACCCCAGAUACCUGCGAGGAAAUGGUAGGCCCCCAUGGUUAUUAAAAUAAUCAGUUAUUAAAUAUGUAAAUUUAGUUU